UGCGUUUAAAUCUUCUGAACCGAAAAUUUGCAUGUUCUACGGUUUUAAACGAAGAAAGUCGUUCUAAACGGAGAAAUUUGGAGAACCAACAUAAAAUUAAUUAGCAAUAUAAGAAGUAUUCUAAUCUCUUAUAAUCUCAUACAAGGUCCCUCAUCCCAUGAAUACCAUGAAAAAAGUUGAGGUUCCACCAUAAAACUAAUUGACAAUAUGAGGAGUAUUCCAACUUUUUAUAAGCUCAUACAAAGUCCAUUUUUCUAUUGGACCCAUUCCCAACACUAAACACUGUUAAACCUUGAAAAAAAAAACAAAAAGGCUAAUCUUUCUUGUAAACACUGUUAAACACUUCAUUUCUUUGUGGCCCAUCUACCUCGGCAAAUCCGAACGACCCGCCAAGAAGACGACGCCGGCUACGAAAAAAAGGAAACCGAUACGCAGAAGGUCGAGUUCUCAGGCAAUCAGCUGGUAUUGCGCCAAUCCCCAACCAUAUCUGGGUGAGAGUUCUCAGGCAAAAAUCCAACAUUUCUGAUCAGAUUUGCAAUUUCAGGGAUAUUUGGGUCAUUGGGAAAUCCAGAGAAAGAGGAUUCAUACUUAUUUGAAUUUGAUUUUUGAGGAUGGAGAAUUCCUACUUGUUUAACACUACGAGGAGUUCUUGGUUCUUUAUCUUGUUUUUCUUUUCCAUAGAGUUAACGCCGUUUAUAAUUUGAAGUUAGUGUGGACACGUGUCAAAAUCUGGUUAUGUCACAGAGAGACCACAGGGAAAUUUUGGCGCAGAAGGUUUGAACUCCUGAAACUCAUCCUCCAUGCAUCCCGUUCCCAUUGUUUCCGGUCUCUUCGACGAAUUCCUCACCGAGACUCCACCACGAAACCACAGUUAUCAGAUCAGCAAUCCAGUCCGACUCCUAGUCCCGACUCUAAACUUCCUAUGGCGGACUCUCUUGUCCCCCUACGACACCUCUGCCCCCAUCAACCCCAAUUGCCUAUCCACCAACCCCUCACAACAAAACGUUCUCUUUCCUUCUCUGAUCUCCGCUAUCGAGUCCAGCAUUGUGUGGGACAGUGUCUACUUUGUUCGGAUUGCAGAGUGUGGCUAUGAGUACGAGCAGACCUACGCUUUCUUCCCCCUUCUUCCUCUUUGCAUGUCGAUGUUAUCCCGCACAGUUUUGGCACCAUUGGUUCCGGUCAUUGGGCAGAGAGCUGUGUUAGGAUUAUCUGGCUAUGUGAUCAACAACAUUGGCUUCAUGUUUGCAGCUGUUUAUCUAUACAGGCUUUCAGUUGUUAUUUUGGACCAUGAAGCAGCAGUGAGGGCUUCGAUCUUGUUUUGCUUCAAUCCAGCUUCCAUAUUCUAUUCAUCAAUGUAGUUUUCCUGUUUUCAUCUGCUUUAUAUUGUUGGUACCUAUGCUAUUGCAUCAGGCUGGGGUUUUCAUCUGCUUUAUACUGCAAAUAUUCAGAGACAUUGUUCGCCCUUUUUUCAGUUGGAGGAUUGUAUCAUCUAAUAUCUGGAAAAGAUGUUAUUGCUGUUCUUUGGUUUGCCCUCUCUGGAUUUUCAAGGUCCAAUGGAGUGCUCAAUGCUGGUUAUUUCUGUUUUCAGACUAUGCAUCAGACCUAUGAUGCUGUUUUCUUGAGGAAGCAUCCUUUU